CCCCGCCCUGCCCUGUUCCCGCUGAGCAGCGGGUCCGUGCCGCCGGCGGCCCCCCGGCAUCCGCGAAGAGGGGCCCGGGCCCCUCUCGGUGCCGUUGCCAUAACGACUCUAGCAGGAGCCGGAGUGGCUAUUCCCUUGCGGUCCCAAAUUCUCCAGGAAGGAAGAUCUUGCCUUCCCUCCGUGGCCCGCUAAUUGCUUGCCAAGGAGGGUAGCUGGGGAAAGGUCUUCCUGCCUCAAUGCUGGCCCUAUGGGAAUAGACGGCACCGCUCUCACUGCAGGCGUGGGAUUGCUGCACCCAGGAGGUCUCAUACGCCCACAGCUCUCAGCUCCCCACUGGCAUCUGGCAGCGAGCCCGUUGCUCUGCCUUGCAGGCAAUGCCUGUGUCUCCAUUACCGCCAGCCUGUGCAGCCAGCUUGGUGCCAGCAGCCCUGGCCGGGAGCCCUGGGUCAUGCCUAGCUCUCACCGAUCUGUGCUGUGCUUGUAGUCCUUCCCAAGCAGCACGUGUGUGGGGCUGGCAAGAGGGGCCACGCUGCUCCUGCAUCAACUUUUGCCAGUGUUUUUCACUCCUUGCCAUCUGGGUUGGCUGAGUCACUUCCCAGGAGCCUGCUGGUGGCAGGGUUCAGUACCACUGGGUGUAUGGGUGCCCUCAGGGCUCAUGUCCCAGGGCAGUUAGUGGGCAUGUUCAUCUGCAUCUUCUGCCCAUGGCACGUGGUAUGAAGAUACUGGGAGCUAUGGACAGCUGUGAAGUGCUCAGACUGUUCUGUUUCCUGUACAGAGGCUGUCUGCAGAUGCUCCUGUGCUGUAAGGGGAUAUGCUGAGGCACACCAUCAGGAUGUCCACCAGUGCUUCCAGCCUAGGCCUACAGCAAUGGGCUGCCUGAGGAUGCCUCGCCCUGCCCAGCUCCAGCCCUGACACCUGUGCUCACCCUGUCAGCAUGGCGCAGGCAGGGGGCCUCGUCCGCCUGCCCCCAGCCGAGGGCUGCACCGCCUCACCCCCGCCUUUCUCCCACCAUGGGGACCGCAGGCCCUGGCCGCCCAUCGCCUCCAGCCCUGAGCCAGGCCGGCACAGCCCCCCACGCUGCCUCACUCCCAACCUCAAUGCUGGUCGCUUACACCUCCUGCGCAAGGGCCUGGCCCUCGAGACCCGCCGCUGCCCCCCUGGCCUCUACAACAGCACCGGCUCCCUGGCUCGCAAGCCGACAGAGAUGGGGCCUUUUGGCAAUGGGGGCUGCCCGGGUGGGGGGCGGCUGACAGCCCCCUGCACCCCGCGGAGGGGCCAUCCUGCCCCAGGGCUCACCUCGCCCGGCAGCCGCAGCCCACUGGUGGCCCCGGAGGGACGCAGCUCCGUCGUCACCUUCCGCUUCAUCGAGAAGGCCAGCGUGCGGCCCCUCAGCGGACCCCAGGAGAAUGGCCCCACGGAGCCCAGCGGGGGCUGGCGUGUGCCCCCUGGGCAGCCCCAGCCCCAGGAGCAGCUGCUCCGCAGACUGAAGCUGGAGGCCUCCGCAUCUGACCCGCUCCUGGCCGGCUGCAGGUCCCCAGGGCAGACUCGUCCCCACGCAGGCGGAAGGGAUGCCCAUUCCCUCACCACCAGCUGCCUCUUCAGCUCCCUUGCCAACGGGCUGCAGGCCCCACAGGGGGACGUCCUCGCCAGCCCCUGGCCCCAGGUAGGUUCCCGUGGCCCCACACCGUGCUGCAUCCAGCCCAGCCCACUGACCACCGUGUCCCUGCAGGGCAGCGCCUGGCCAUGCCCCCGACAGAGCUCAGCCCAUGCCCAGCGCAUCGCUCGUGCCAAGUGGGAGUUCUUCUACGGCUCACUGGGUGCCCCCAAAAUGGGCUCCUCGGCCCCCAUCACUGAGCCCCCGCUGCAGCCCAGCCACCCGCUGCCUGCGGAGCCGCCCAUCUUGGCUCCCAAGCACGGCCUGAGCCACGUGGAGGUGGAGAUCGAGGUGUCCCCAGCAGGCGGCAGGGAGCAGGGCUCCUGUGAGACGGGCAUAAUCAGGAGGGCUGUGAAGUACUCUGAGACAGACCUGGACACCGUGCCACUGCGCUGCUACCGCGAAACCAACAUUGACGACAUCCUGGCUGAGAGGGAUGAGGUGGAUUCUGCUAUUGAGAGCCAGAAGGACAGCGAGAGCAACCCCAGCUUUGCGGGGACUCCGGGCAGGAGGGACAGCAUGCCCGAGGGGAACCCUGAGCACAGCGUCCAGAGCACGAAGGAUGUGCUGCGCGACGGAGAUGCAGAUGAGGAUGAUGAAGUGUUUGAGGCCACGAGGAAGGAGAGCAGGGAAAGGAUCAUGGAUCGAGACAUACAGGGUAUGCUCAAGUCUCCAGUGCCCUUCCUGCUAGGGCACAGCCUCUCCAAGGAUGGCAUGGACUCUUUCAGCAAGCAUUUUGAGAGCAUCAUGGAGUCCCAUCGAGCCAAAGGCACAUCUUACACCAGCCUGGACUCCAUUGACAUCCUCUCCUCCCCAGCCCGCACCCAUGGGACCUUUUUCACUUUUGAUCUCCCAACCCUCACCCCAGAAGUACAGGGACAGAUCCGAGAUAGUGCAAAGCUGAUCGAGGAGAACUUUGCUCCUCUGGCUCACUUGGAGCCGGACUCUGGGACCAGUUCAGCCACAGAUGCCCCCUGGACUGAAAGGGAGGAGGAGAGAAGGAGGCAAAGGAAAGGUGCUCGGCACAGCCCUUGCUGCUCAGAGGACAGCUUUGGUACUCCCUUGGCCUCCAACCUGAGCGAGCACCCCCUGAGCCAGCUGGUUUCUGACUCAGACUCGGAGAUGGACAGCAUGGAGCAGCUGGCCCUGGGCAGCACCGACACGCUCUCCAAUGGGCACAAGGCUGACCUAGAGGCUGCCAAGCGCCUGGCCAAGCGGCUCUACAACCUGGAUGGCUUUAAAAAAGCAGAUGUGGCCCGCCACUUGGGGAAGAACAACGAGUUCAGCAAGAUGGUGGCAGGGGAAUAUCUGAAGUUCUUCGUGUUCACAGGGAUGAGCCUGGACCAGGCCCUCAGGUCCUUCCUAAAGGAGCUGGCCCUGAUGGGAGAGACACAAGAGCGAGAGCGAGUGCUGGCUCAUUUUUCCCAGCGCUAUUACGAGUGCAAUCCCAAUGCCAUCUCCUCUGAGGACGGAGCCCACACCCUGACCUGUGCCCUGAUGUUGCUGAACACAGAUCUGCAUGGACAUAACAUCGGGAAGAGAAUGUCCUGCUCUGACUUCAUUGGCAACUUGGAGGGGCUCAACGGAGGCACCGAUUUCCCCAAGGAGCUGCUCAAGGCGCUGUACGGCUCCAUCAAGAACGAGAAGCUGCAGUGGGCCAUAGACGAAGAGGAGCUGAGGAAGUCCCUUUCGGAGCUGGCUGACCCCAAACCUAAGUCCAUCAAACGCAUCAGCAGCUGCAGUAACCCUUUCCUGGACUUCUCCCAGGACUCCAGCAUCGCCACCUACAAGCACGGACUGUUAGUGCGCAAGAUCCACGCUGAUCCCGACUGCAAGAAGACCCCCCGAGGGAAGCGCGGCUGGAAGCCCUUCCACGCCAUCCUGAAGGGGAUGAUUCUCUACCUGCAGAAGGAGGAGUACAAGCCAGGGAAGGCGCUGGCAGAAGAGGAGCUGAAGAACGCCAUUAGCAUCCACCACUCGCUCGCCACGCGGGCGUCAGACUACAGCAAGAGGCCCAACGUCUUCUACCUCAGGACAGCUGACUGGAGGGUCUUCCUCUUCCAAGCACAGAACUCUGAGCAGAUGCACUCGUGGAUCACGCGCAUCAACGUGGUGGCAGCCAUGUUCUCUGCACCUCCCUUCCCCGCCGCCAUCGGAUCCCAGAAGAAGUUCAGCCGCCCGCUGCUCCCUAGCUCCUGCACCCGGCUGUCCCAGGACGAGCAAGUGAAGAGCCAUGAGACCAAGUUCAAGACGAUGUCAGCGGAGCUGCUGGAGCACCGCUCCUCGCUGCCAGAUAAGAAGGUGAAGGGCAAGGAGUAUGAGGAGCUGAAGCAGAAGGAGGAGUACCUGGAGUUUGAGAAAUCCCGCUACGGCACCUACGCCAUGCUGCUGCGGGCCAAGCUGAAGGCCGGCUCUGAGGACCUGGCGGCGUUUGAGUCCACGCUCUUUGACGCAGCGGGCGGUGAGGACGACGGCCUGAAAAAAUCCCGCUCCAGCCCCUCGCUGAACGCCGAGCCCUCCAGCACAGGCACCAAGGUGAAGCGCAACGUCUCGGAGCGUGCCAGCCGCCAGCCCCCCGGCCAGCCCCAGAAAUCGUAAGCCAGGGGCGUCAGCCGCCCGCGCUGCAGCUCCACUCCUGCCCAGGGCGCUGGGUGGGUGCCACAUACCCGCUGCGACCCUGCAUGAGUCCAUCCUCCGGGGGCAGACGCCGCGGUGGGGACAGCCAUACCCAGCCACCAGCAGCAGUCCAACGGCCCCUUGGCCGGAGAUAGACGCAGGGCAGGACCAAGGGGCUGCGGGCGGGAGCUGCCCCACAGACUCAUCCCUGCUCCCCUUGCUCUGCGCUUGGCUGCAGGCUCCCCUCCAGCUCCCCACCCUAGGAAGGGGCAGGGACCAACACCCCCUGACUGGGCUACUUUCCUUGGUGUAGAACUGCAGCGCAGCCAGCGGCUGCUUUCCUCCAGCUCCAUUAUGCCGUGUGGGAUGGAGCCAUCCCUGGCCCCAACCCCAAGGGCUGGGAGGACCCAAGGCUCCCUCCCCACCGCCCCCACGCCUCUUGCUUUCUUACAACUUUUGGACGGUUUUUGUGAUACAGUUUUGCACUUUUUAGUACCAGAUUGAGCUGACCACCAGGGAGUUUUUUGGGGGCUAAUUUUGAUGCUUUUUGGGAACUAUUUAAAAAAAAAGCAACAAACAGAACAACAAUGCACCAAACUCAGCCAUGUCCUGUAGACUGUGCACUUCUGGGGGGGGGGGGGGGGAUGUUUUUACAUGAACUCGAGGGAGGACACAAACUCCCCCCCGGGCAGUGAGCUGAGCAUCACUGCUGUGCUGUGAGCCCCCACCCUGCACCAGCAGCCCUCCUGCAGAGCCCUGCGGCUGAGCAGCACUGCCUGCGUGCUGGCUCUUUGCUGGAUGUGGCCCUUGGCCAUACCUGCGUGCGCACUGGGCAGCGGUGGGUAUGGGGUGGCAGGUGGAGGGGAGGGGCGGCUUUCCAUCCAGUGCCAUUUCUCCAAAGCAUUGUGAGAGCCUUGGAGGAUGCAAAGCUGAGUGCUGGUCCAACAAGAGGAGAAGGAGCAGAGGCUGGAGCCUGGUCCUUGGCUGCAGGCUCUCUCUGUUCCCAGGCAUACCCACAGGGUGAGCGUGGCCAGAGGACACUUGGAGCAAACACUGGUGCUCACAUGGCCACAGGAGCGCUGGGGGUGCGUGGAGAUGGGGCGGGCACUGAGAAGGGCUGGGGGAUGCUGCUGUUCCUGGUGUGUGGGACCUCGCCAGUUUCAGCACUUUGCGAAUGUGUCAAACUUUUUAUUCUGCUCUUUUGAGUCUAUUGCAAAAAAAAAAAAAAAAAAAGGAAAAAAAAAGAAAAAUUUCCACCCUUGCCCCAGGU